UGUAGAUUCUGCUAUAGUAGCAGCUACAUUGAAGGUAGACAAUUCAUCAUUAUCAAAAUGUAUAGGAACUGUUACAGCCAAGAAAGGAUGCUGGUCUUUUCUCAAAGGUGGUUUCCUUUCGAAUUCACCUUCCAAUUCUUCUCAGAUACAUUUUAAGAAUUUGGAUCGAAAAAAAAGUUACGUGGAUGUAGAGAUUAUUGCCUAUUCCUUACAGCCAUUCACAGAGAAGCAAUGGAUAUCAAAUCAAGUUAAAGGGAUAAACACGGCAAGAACUAAGCACCUUUUGACUCAAUUAAGUUAUUACAGUUAUUCAGAAUACAGGCAUAACAGAAAAAUUAGUUAUAUUUCAGGAAAGGAAGCGUGCUGUUACCAUCCAUGUUGUAGAUGAAAAUGGAUUCAGGUUGCCAGGUGCAGCAGUAAAAGUAAAGCAAAUCUCAACAGAUUUUCCAUUUGGAUCUGUGAUAUCGAGAACCAUACUAGGAAAUUUGCCUUACCAGGUCUUUUAUUUUUUUCAUCUCUUAAAGAGUAUAAGUAGUUAAAAUAAUGAUGUCGCAAUUGAUCUUCAUGACAUUAAAAUGAAUAAUGUUAUUCCAGGAAUGGUUCCUCAAGCGAUUCAAAGCAACGGUUUUUGAAAAUGAGCUCAAGUGGUUAAAGACAGAGCCAGUACCUGGGAAAGUCAAUUAUACUGUAGUGGAUCAGAUGAUAGAAUUCGUCCGAAAAAACAAACUUAUAGUCAGAGGACACAACAUAUUCUGGGAUGACCCUUAUUAUGUACAAGGUUGGCUCAAAAACCUGACAGCUCCUCAGUUGCAAAAAGCAAUCAAAUCCAGAAUUAAAAGUUUAAUGAGAAAAUACAAAAAUGAAUUUUUUCACUGGGAUGUAAACAACGAACUCAUCCAUUUCAAGUUUUAUGAGGAAAAACUCGGACCUAAUGCUACCUUGAAUAUGUUCAGGCAAGUGCACCGUGAAGAUCCACUGGCAACCCUGUUUCUCAACGAAUACAACAUUGUUGAACGGUGUGACUCGAAUUCCACUGUGGACAUGUACAUCGAUAAGUUCAAGGAACUCAAGAAUGGGGGGGUGAAACUGGCUGGAAUUGGGCUAGAGAGUCAUUUUGAUGUGCCGAACCCUGCUUUCAUGAGAGCUGUUCUUGAUCAAUUGGCAACACUGAAGCUUCCUAUUUGGCUCACAGAAGUGGACGUUAAAAGAGAGUUAGGACCGGAAAAACAUGCUUUGUACUUGGAGCAAAUUUUAAGAGAGGCAUACUCACAUCCAAGUGUGAACGGGAUCAUGCUUUGGACAUCACGCAAUGCAGGAGGUUGCUACCAAACAUGCCUUACGGACGAGAAAUUCCAUAACCUACCUGCAGGGGAUGUUAUUGACAAGCUUCUACUGAAAGAAUGGCAAACUGGGAAUAAACAUGGCAAAACGAAUGAGUUUGGUUCCUACAGCUUCCAAGGUUUCUUAGGUGAAUACAAGGUUACUGUUAUUUACGAUCACAAAAUCGUCAAGUCUUACUUCACACUAGGCCGUGGUGUCGAUACUAAGCACAUCACCGUUCAUAUUUAGAUAAACAUACUCAAGAUGUAAUGUAGCUCUCAAUAAACUGAACAAGAAU